AGUGCCAAGGACAGGGCAAACUCUUUUCUGGAGUGGGCUCAACUCCAAUGGAAUUAAAGAAACUUUUUUCCAAAGUCUGAGUAACUUCUGCGAGAGAAAAGAAAAGUAAGUACAAAUCAAAAUAAAGUAUAUAAGGUUUUAAAUACUACUUCUGCAAAUAAAGUCUUGGCAAAUGUCUUGUUGAAAUAAAAACAAGGCCAUGGUUAAUUUGGAGAAGAUUUUUAUCCCACUCAAACAUCUGGGAAUUAGAAAAUAGAUGCAUCAAAAGGUUAAAAUAAUGCAGGCCUGCUCAGCUGUUGGUGAAAUUUCAAGCUAUUUGUAGAAAUAUUAAUGUCAGAAAAUACUGGAGAAUUAUAGUGAAUUUUAGUUUGUAGUUAUCUGUAAUUGUUUUGUUUUUGUUAAAGUGUAUAGAUUACAGACUUGAUGCAUGCUGUCUCUGAUAUUAAAUUGUAAGUGCUGUGUUUUAGACAAAAACACUCUACUUUUUAGACUUUUUUUGAGUUUUAACACCCGUAAUGACAUAGCUGCAAAUUUAAUUUCCACAAAAUACCAAAAGGGAUGUUUAUCACCUGUAAUUAGGAGUCUGAUAUACACUGCGCAUUUGUACAAAAGAAAAUCAACGAAAAAUAGGUUAGUCUGAUCAUAGCAUCAUUGUUAAUUUUGUAAAAGUUUGGAUCUUAGAACAAAAACAAAAGAGGACAAAAAAAACUUUAAUGAUAGAUCAAAACAAAUUUGGUAGAGUAACUUUAUUGGUGUGAUGAAGUUAUGCGGGAGAGUAAUUCCAAAAUCAUUAUAGUUCAAUUUUGGUAAUUCAGAUGAAAUGACAGGUGGUUGAAAUUAAAGGAAAAUUUAAGUUGAUUUACUAAAUACUACUCCCUCUAGAAUGCAAGUCUACAAAACUCAAAGAACAUGGAACAGUGAGUCAAAUCAAAAUUUUAUCAACUUAAAAUCUGACCAAAAGUCCAGGAUAACAGAAACUGUAUCAAAGCAAUCACAAAGUUGUUUAAAAGUUAAACUUCUGAUUUGGUGUUAAAGUUGUAUAAAAAAUAUAAAACGAUAUAUCCAGAUAAUGUGAUGAAUGGCGCUUGUAAUGGUUUUGUUGCAUAAUGUAGCUUUUAAAACUAUGUUUUUGUAGAAAUCUUGAAAUAUGUUGAAACGUAUUGAGUGUUUUCUCGACAUGAUAAACGAAAAAGGGACUUCAUUUGCUUUAUCUUUGUGAAAAAAACCUGAAUUCUUCUCUGAAAAGGGUUGCCUUAAUUGUUUUAGUUUACUGUUUCGAUAAAGGGGGUGCUAUGCGGAGUUAUUUCAUGUUAUUUUCGGGACUUAGGCGAAAAUAAGUUUUGCGUUUCGUUGCGCAGUAUUUGAGCCUACUCACCAGCCGUAGGUCAUACCCUGUACACUUACGGCUUUUUUCCGCGGAAGCAAUAAUGACCUGCCAAAAUAAUGUACCACAACGUAACUAUCAUGAUGUUUUGAAGUUGUUUAUUACACAGAUUAUUUUUUACAGUAACAUUUUCAAUAUCUUUAUUUCAUUUUAGGCAGUACAGCCAAAUUUCUUUGCCAUUUUAAUGAAUUGUUUGUAAAAAUAUUAAUCUUUUAGUUUUAUUUUGAAAGUUGUAAUACUUGACUUCCGCUAUCAUUGCCGCAUGCAUGCCUCUCUGACAUCAGACUUCCGCCCCCUCCACAUUUUGUGCUUCAUGUACUUUUUAGCUGGUAAAACCUGGCGUGUGUUGGUCCAGGAGAGGGAAAGGUGAGUUGAACUUUACGGGUGUAGGAUAGUUAUAACUCCAUUGCAUGUAAUUUACAUUUUUUGAGAGGUUAGCAACAUUUGAAGCAUAAUCGUGAACGUAACCUGCUGCCUGAAACCACACUCACCAUUUGCACUGUCUUUCCUCUGUUAUAGUGUAGGGAGGUGAACUCAUUUCAACAUUUAUAUCAGAGCACAACCUUGAACAACAGAUAGCAAGGUAUUUUAUAUCAAAAGACGAACUGCCACUUAAUGAUAAGCAGUAUGUCGUAGAUUUUCAGCACAUCAAACAGUAUUUUCUAGGCUGGCAUUCAGUCUACAGCUGCACAGCCAAAAUAAAUAUACAUCAGUUUUCCCAGGUACACUCAGUUUGACUGUUUCAGUAUCAAAGCAUACCAAAUAAAUAGGUAUUUAAAAGUAGUAUGGGAAAGCUAAACUAGUGGACUACUAUCCACAAAGGCAGUAUGAAAUGAAACUUUUGAAUGAAGACAAAGAAGACAAGAGUACUCUAUAGUUUCAGCACAUGUAUAAUAACUAUCCUCCAGUGCUAUGAAGGAGAAACAAGAACAAUUAAUGCUUCAAUCAAAAGAGAGUUUAUCUGAGCACAUGGAGCUAAAUGACAAUCCCCUGUUUCCCAUGCUCUCACCUGAUUAACCUGACCUGUAUCUGUUCAUUUAGCAUGAAAGACUCAUCCUUUCCCUUCCCUUGGUUACAAGAUUGAUUUUUUAAAGACUAGAAAUGUAUUAAAAAUGUUAUCUAUACAUAAUUAUGUAAGGUUCAACCUGCAGUUAACAUGUAGUGUGUCUUAAUUGUUAUCAACCAUUUGUUAAUUUGCUGUACUCCUUUAUAAGGGGGUAAGCAUCACUGCUGGUGUAUUAUAUGAUUUUGAGGUGUGUAAAACACAUACUGUAUGUCAACUAAAGCAAUUCAAUUUUAAAUGCAGUGGCCAGGUAUUUCAGAGUGAAUAAUCCACUAACUGAACAUGAAUACAGAUUUGUUCAUUUUAAAUGUGCACAAUUAAGAGUGUCAAAAUCCGCUGUCUCACAAAAAUUACCUUUCAUAUCUGUUUUCCUGGUCUCAAACAUCCCAGACCAAAUUUGAGGUACAGGAAGAACUUGCAACUUGAAACAUGAAAUUGGACAUAUAGCACCCCUUAGCUGAGAUUUUAAAGGUCCAUAAUACACCUUUGUCAUCCCAAAAAGUCAACAAAUAACAACCUCAGAUACAUGCCUUUUAUAUAAAAAUAAAUAAAUUUAAAAAAGAAACUUUGCAAUGAAUCGAAUGACUGAAUCCUUCUUUUUUAAUUCAGGAAGCAGUGAAAUGUUCCUCUGCAAAAUGCUUGAAGCUUUUAAAAGACUUUCUGGUGCCUCAUUUUGCAAUUUAUUACUGGUUUUAUUGACACAUAUUCAGGAAAAAGACUGUCAGCUGUUGCCUGUCAAUAAUUUGAAUCUGUUUUGCGCUGUUUUCUGUUUACUCCUGCCAAAUAUCGUGGCUCAAGGAGUCACAUGUCAGGAGAUAUUUGACUGUUAGAUGGCUUCCAGUGUGAGACAUUUUUUAGGAGGCAAGAAUGACUUUCCCAGUGGUUAGGAUAAUUUAUUCUCAAAGCUCAGCCAGAGUGUUUUACAAAACUUAUUUUUCUGCUUAAGUAGAAUCUAGACCAAAUGUGAAGAAAUUUCACAAGCUGAACUUUCUGUCCAACAAGAUGUAAUGAAGUAAUUAGCUUCCACAGCUGCCUUUAAAUCUUACUUUUGACAAAAAUAGCUGUUCUUUAAAAAUGUUUUCUUCUUUUUAGUUGGGCAGAUUGAUGGCUGCCUGUGUGCUGUGUCGACGGAUUCCCCGGCUACGCUGCCUCCCGGGCUUCAGUAAGGACUUCACUCAGGCUCAGCACGUGCAUGUCAAACGAGCAGAUGAGACUGAUGAUCAUGAGGGGGGGCAGGGAGCAUUGCAACACCAGGAAUCCUCCUCACUGGACGGAUACAGGCUGCAUUACAAUCCUUCAUUAUAUCGUCACUCUGUGAGGAAGUCUGCAGCCUCCUGGAGCCACACGGAUAAUGAGGAGGAUGUGCCGUGUUUCUCCACCAUGGUACCUUCCCUCCGGCAACAGAGCAAUCACUACAGCGUGAGUUGCUCGCGGCAUCUCUCCAGCUCAAAAAACACACUCCUUGACUUAGCAUUUGACAAAAGCCCUGAACAGGAGAGCUCAUCAGUGUCACUCCUCCACAGAAAACACCCAGAGCCAGAUGUCAGAGUAAAUACACGUGCUUUCCUCAAAUGCAGGCCAGCGUAUGCUUCAGUUACCCUUGACCUUACCCAGCGGCCGCACCCCAUCCAAUGGGAACAUGCUAUGCAAGUGCUUAAUAAAGUGUUUGUUUUAAAGGGCAGCAUGAAACCAUCUGAUGUGUCUAAUUUUUUUGUGGAGCUCAGCAGCUUACAACCAGACAUGUUGUCAUUAGUGAGGAGCAACCCAUACUUCAACAUGCUGCUUCGAUAUUCUGUGGAACAUCUUCGCCUCUUCACUGAUUCUGAGCUGCUGGAGGUGCUGAAGUCGUUUGUGUGGCUGGACAUGCCCUCAGCUCACACUGUUCUCACUCUGUACGAGGACGAGCUGAGCCGCCGGGCUCACCAGAUGACUUUACACCAGCUGUUGUUUGCUGCUGACUUAUGGCGCUGUAUUAGAAAACAGGUUCCCCAGUUCUUAUCCCACCUGUAUAAUUCAGUGCUUCUCAAUCUGAAACAAGUUGAAGUCCCUGAGCUUGUGCACCUGUGCUAUGUAAUGGGAGAGGGCAGAAAGUGCCCACCAGACUUGAUCCGUCCUCUAGAGCAGCUUCUCAAGCGACAUGUGCCAAAGCUGUUACCAGAGGAGGUUGGUAUUGUCUGUCUGGGGCUCUUCAAAUCCCAGACUUCCUUAUCUGAAAGUGCAGUGACUUGUAUUGUUGAUAAGGCUCACUCUUUUGUGGAGGAGAUGAGUGACUUUGCCAUGGUGAAUGUGAUGAAAUACCUGCGUUUCAGCUACGUUUAUCACAGGUCAUGGAUUGAGGCGAUGGACAAGGAACUUCCUCGACGGGCCGGUGGGAUGGGUGUCCAGGGGCUGAUGCACGUAGCACUCACCUGUUCAGCGCUGCACUCUCGCAGCGAUGACGUCCUCAUGGCGAUCGCUGAGAGGAUUCCCACCCUUUGGCCGCACUGCAGGAUCAAAGAUGUGUCCAAACUGCUGUGGGCUUUUGGGACAUUACAGUUUCUCCCCGAGCAGAACCCAAAGUUUUAUUCCAGUCUGACGGACACCCUGAGGCAGUACAAAGCAGAAUUUGAGCAAUACCCAGAGCAUCUUCUGACUGGUCUUCAAGGACUGGCCUAUGUCUCUAUAUUCCCAAAGGACCUUUUGGAGUUAGUUUUGAGUCCUGACUUCAUAAAACUAGCGCUUAAAUCCUCACAGCUGGAUCUAAGAAAAGACUUGCUCACUUUAGAUGGAGUUGUUGCCAUGGAGUUUCCUCAUUGGACCGGACCACGGCUGAGCAGUGAACUGAAAGAGGAAGUAAAACAAAUGCUGUGGAAGUUUGCUCAGUCAGAUGUUUGCCUGAAGCCACAGGUGCUGGAGGCAGAGUCUUCUCUGCAGGAUCUACUCGGAGGAGAGGCAUUCGUAAAGAAGACGAUGAUUUUACCUCACACUCGAUCCAUUGACCUGGAAGUACACCUGGACUCCACUGGAAAGCCCAUUCCUGUGGACUCAGAACCUGACUUAUCUGCUCUACCCCUAGAAAAAGGUUCUUCUGAACCUCCCUCUGACCAGGGCUGGGGGAAAACAACUUCAGGAGUGACUUUAACAGACGAUCUGUUCGCACAGCUGAUAAAUUCCAAAAAGACUCCAGAACCUUUAACCUCACCUCCCACGUUAAAGCCAAAACCUUUUCACAUAAAAGAGAAGGAUGACAGAAAAAUGCUCUUUAAUACGGGGCUAAAACUAACCAGUGAAAUCAUGGAAGCUCUCACUAAACCCAGUGACCCGGGUUCAUCCCCUCAGGACUCUAAAAGGAUAGUCAAACUAGCUAUCCAGGUCUCCAGCAGGAACCACUACUGUUACCAUUCGCAGCAGUUGAUGGGGCUUCAUGUGAUGAAGAGGAGGCAAUUGAAGCUGGCAGGAUACAGGGUGGUAGAGCUCAGCAACUGGGAGUGGUCUUCCAUGUUGAGGAAAAGCAGGACUGAGAAACUGGCGUACUUGCACUGCAAAGUCUACAACAGCAUGUCAUGAUUCGCUGACCUUCAGGAGCCAAAAGAAAUAUCAGUAAACUCUGACUGCUGAGUUACCGCUAGACUAUACUUCUACUAUAAUGCACUCAUUGAGGCCUUUUUUGGCUCCUGGAAAAUCUGCAGUUUAUUUUCUUCUCGGUGCAAAGCACAGAAAAUGCUCUGUAAAUCGAUGGAUUGAGGUUCAUUUUAAUCCAAAAUAAAUUUGUUGAGGAAUUUCUCAGAAUGUGUGGCAUUCAGGACAUAUUUGUGAAAAUAGAAGACAUUAAAAAACGUUAACUCUUCACA